AUGGCAACUGAGAGUGAAAAGUAUUUUGGAGGAAUCGAAGGGUUUGUAUGCAUAUAUAAUUGUUAAUACAAUGUUAAAUAUGCAUGUAUUUGGUACAACGUAUAUGACAUAUACGUACUGGACAGAUAUUUGUGAUAAUAUAUUAUAUACCCUCGAAUAAUAUACCUUAAUAGAAAUGAGUCAAUUCCAUGAGUAAACCUCCCCCCCCCCCGGACACUGCCUGGCAUUUGCUGGACACACCAUUCCCAGAUUAAUAGUGCACCAGGGCCAGACAUUAUUUAGCGGCUAGAAGACUCCCGGACAUUUGACGCUAGCGUAAAAACCUCUCAAUUAUCAAAAAUAUUCUGGUAUUAAACUUAAAUAGUUCAGUAGCAGACUAUUUUACGCAUUGUCACUGAACUUGAAACUGAAUACCAGAACACUGAAUACCAGAAUACAGUGUUAAAGAUGCUGUUAAAAUUUUAAAGAAUUCUGUUUUGUGCAUAUGUUCUGCACAGGCCUACAUUCCAAUGGUCGGGACCCAAUCAUGCAUUGGAAUGUUAUUAAUAUUUCGCACCUUCUGAACGUUCUUGAAUUGAAUCUUGAGUAGUCUGUAUUCAUUUACAAGUAUAACCAUAUUUAAUUUUUGUAACUGUAGCACUGAGUUCAAAAUGUAAACAAAGCGUUAGUUUACAUUAACGGACUGUACAGCAUCUUUAAAGGACCCUACAGUUAUUUUUUAGUCAAAAAGCCACCUUAAGUAGGGGACUCCUUCCCCUGGGCCAACCCGUAGACAUCCGUCAUUCUUGGAAAGAAAAUGGCUAUGUCCCCAGGCCCAAGGUACACUUUCCCUCGUGCUAUAGCCCCACCCCUAAAACUUAAAUCCGGCUGACCGUGUAGCUCAGUUGGUAGAGCAUUGACCUAGUAAUUCGAAGGUCGCAGGUUCAAGACCAAGCCGCGGCAGGGAAGAUCUUUCUGCUUGUGCGCGGUGUAGAAAUUAUGCAAUACACACUUAAGAACAAUAGCGUCGCUAAAUAAAGUGUGUACAUGUAUAUAUAUAUAUAUAUAUAUAUAUAUAUAUAUAUAUAUAUAUAUAUAUAUAUAUAUAUAUAUAUAUAUAUAUAUAUAUAUAUAUAUAUUAUAUUAUAUAUAUAUAUAUAUAUUAUAUAUAUAUAUAUAUAUAUAUAUAUAUAUAUAUAUAUGUAUGUAUGUAUAAAUUGAAAAUGUUCUUGAGUGAGUGUUUCAUAAUUUCCAGUAUUUCAUAAUUUCCAUUUAAGACUGGAAAUUAUGAACUAUAUACUGAAUGUUAUAAACAUACUCAUUUAUGUAUUUACAGAGUGAACAAUAACACAACAUCCCCAGGGGUGGGGAUUAAUUUAUGGAGGGCCCUAGGGGAAGCCCUUAUCGGACUGGAAUAUUUAGAUAAAAUUAGAAUAGGGUCCAUUUUCGCUAGAUAUUUGAGAAACAUAGACCAGAUCUUUCCAUGAUACAGAGACAAAAAUUUGGGUCUGAUCGGUCAGGCCAUUAUGUGGAAAACACCCUAACAGGAAAAUGAAAUAAGUGACAUGCAUACCAAGUGAACCCUAGGCCUAACAGACCCCAAUUAAUAUGUAGGGGCCUUAGAGAAUUUAGUAUUAUAUAAAUUCAAUGAUGGUAAUUAAAAAUCAAUGAUACUGUGCCCAUAUCAUUCUGGUCAGCACGUGAUGGUACUGACAAUUAACCAAGGUAAUCAUAUAUAACACUGACCACAAGGAUUACUUUUAUUGCCUUACUUUAAAGUUGUUAUCUGAUAGCGUAUUAAUUAAGCCGUGUUUACACUAUGAGCCUAAGCCUGGCCUAGGCCUACCUUUGGACUAGAUUUUUGUAGGGUAAACAUACUUCGGCCUGGCCUAGGUCAGGAAAUCUGGGCCUAUCAGAACCGGUGUUCCAGAUUUCCUGGAUGACCUAGGCCAGACCAAAGUGUGUUUACACUACAAAAAUGUAGUCCAAAGGUAGGCCCAGGCCAGGCUUAAGCUUGUAGUGUAAAGUAUAAAACACAGCUUUAGUGACUGUCAACAAAUACACUUUGGAAUAAACUUGCAGUUGUUCUGGAUUCAAAGCAGUAUAGUACGACAAAGGGGGCAAGAGGGUGGGGCAGCUGCCUCUUCAAUGUUUUUCAGAGCGUAUUUUUAGAUUUGUCCAAUUCCUGUGAAUGGAACGUAUUAGGUUUACACAUGUAUUAAAAAAAUAUUUAUUAAGACCAAUGCAGGAAAUGCCAUUCCUCAGACCUAAAAUAUUUUUUUCUGGCAGAACCAAUGCCCUUGGACCCUCCUAGAAUUGUGAUGCAGUGCCGUAGCCAGAACGAUAAUUGGGGGGGGGGCACAUAUUCAUAUAUUCGUGUUCUUCUUUAUUAAUUUCUUUUGUAAUCAAUUGUUUUUAUGGUAUGUGAACACGAAUAUAUGAAUAUGUGCCCCCCCCCCCAAUUAUCGUUCUGCCUAUGGCACUGUUGUGAUGUCACAAAUUCUUAAGUUGUUGCCCCCUCCCCCCCAAUAAAAAUAAAGUCCUUGUGAUGCCACUAGGGGUGCACCGGAACCAAUUUUUUAAGUUCCGGCCGGAACCGGAUCUGACCGGAACUGGAAAAAAGUUCUGGCCGGAACCAGAACAGGUAGACACUUCAAGCCAUCAAAGAGAGAGCUCGCAAAUGUUAGAAUAAAAAGAUUGACAAACAUUAAACGUCACAAUGAAGUGUUAAUAGUGUACAUUUCCCUUGGUAGUCCAAAUUUCUUCCUGCUGUGCACUUUUGUUAGACACAAAAACGUUUGAUAUUUUAUCUCUCUGAAAACGACAGAGUUCCGGUUCCGGCCAUGCUUUUUUUAUUAGUUCCGGCCGGAACUGGAACUCUGAAAAAUAGGGUUUCCGGCCGGAACCGAGUUCCGGUGCACCCCUAGAUGCCACUGAUUCAAGGCUGUCUGCUCUAAAAUAAAAUAGUUUAUUUAGUUCAGGACCUUUCUGAAAAUCACUUUGUGAGAAAGCUUCCUGAAAUUAAAUAUUAAUUAAAAAAAAAAAAAAAUGUGCAGCCUUGAUCAGUUGUUUGUUUUUUUAGUGGUGGAUCAUGUUCAAAUGUUGUUCUUCUUGAUGGCAAUGGUAAAGUUGUUGGCAGAAGUGAAGGGUUAGGAACAAAUCAUUGGGUAGGUAAAAACAAAUUGAAUACAGUGGAUGUGGUUGAAUGGCAAGAUAAUAUUUAAUGGUCAAAUGGUAUUACCACGUUCAUUAUAGGUACCAGGGAAAUUGAGGGCUUGUUUAAUAAUGUUUACCAGGAGCAGGCCUGGAAUUUCCCUAAAACGUCUCCAUGGCAGUGACAUCAAUAAAUAUUACCAUAGAGUGAAGCGGCUCUCUAUAAAAUUUUUUACCAUUUCUACAGCUUUUUUUCAUAUAAUAUCAGAUGUCAUAAUUAUGCAUUACAUAUGGUGACAGGUUGUUGUAGAAAUUUACUUCUGUGUUUAGAGAGUUACACACAAACUGCAAAAUCUGUUUUUGUGGAAAGUAACAACAUGUAAAGAAAGAAAAAUCAUCAUUAACAUUUCAUUCUGCCACGCGCGUCACGUCACCUUGGCAGAGAGUAUAGUGAUUAACACAUUGAGCGCCAGUGCCUUCCCCUUGACAAGUCAAAUUGUCUGCCGUUGCACAGAGUAAAAUGCAAUUUAAUGGGUUAAUUAACAGUCAUUAUUGGUUAUGUAGGCCUUACCCUGACAAAAACCAAAAUCAAGGUGCUAUUCUCUGUGCACCUAUACUGUAUAAUAAAAGUCAAAUACACAUGCAUGUCUGCUUCAUGGAUUGUUAUUACCUGUACAUGCCUCACCUUGUAAUAAUAGUAACAUUUAAUUAUCCACACCAAAAGCAUACUUAACAUGCAUUUCCUUAAAACUAUUUCUUGUUGUAAAAGGCGCUCGACGAAAGAAGCAUGUUAAGCGCGCAUGCUCGAUCGAGUUCUUUUCCAGGCAGACCUGGGUAUGCACUCGUCUGGUAAGACUGAAUAAAAUAUACACUUACAUCAAUUUAUGAAUUUUUAAGAGAGCAUUGUGCAGUAUAGAAUUUUUCCUUGAUGUUUCUCAAAGCAAGAUUCCUGUAAAUCAAUAACUAUUUAAACGUUAUAAUAUGAACGUGAUAAUUUAUUUAGCCCCCAGCGUCUAUUUAGUCCCCUCCUUCUAAUAAGCCCCCAGUCCAGAACCACUGGAAAACUUAAUCCCCCUCUACCAGGGGGCGAAAUAGAAGAAAUACGGUAUAUUGACAACCUAAAUUGAUGAUUUCCCUUAUUACGUUUUCGUAGCGCUUUGCAUUGUGGUUAUAGUGGUAUCUCUGAUAUUCAAGAUGGCUUAUUUUUUGUCCUGACCCGUGCAAGAACUUUUAAAAAAGCUAGGGUCAGGUACACGAUAGCCAACAGCAAAAUAUUCGCAAAAACAUUCAAUAUUUUCAUUUGAGGCCGCUAUCUUUAUCAGUGAUACCACUAUAACCACAAUGCAAAGCGCUACGAAAACGUAAUAAGGGGAAUCAUCAAUUAACCAUUUGCGUAAUAGACUAAAUUUUUAUCUAAACAUGUCUAGACAAAAAUUUCAUCACAGCUUGAAAGAGCAUCACAAAAUUAGUAAUAUUCCAAAGUUCGUUGCGAAAUGUUGUAAAAUGCGGAAAAUAUAGCCUUGUGAAGUUUGCAAUUUUCAGUCAUUUUAGAUUACAAACGGGAAUUGACAGCCUCAAAUGGUUUGGGGCUGUCAAUUUCCCGUUUGUAAUCUAAAAUGACUGAAAAUUGCAAACUUCGUAAGGCUAUAUUCUCCGCAUUUUACAACAUUUCGCAACGAAACUUUGGAAUAUUACUAAUUUUGUGAUGCUCUUUCAAGUUGUGAUGAAAUUUUUUGUUGAGAUCAAAAUUUAGUCUAUUACGCAAGUGGUCAAUUGGAAUUCCAAAUAUCGAUCAAGAUUGUCAGUCACUAAACAUAUUGGAAGUAAUUGCUUAAUCAUAUUUUAUAUAGUUGAUUGGAGUCGAGAAGUGUGCAGAGAGGGUGAAUGAAAUGGUGGUGAAGGCUAAAGAAAUAGCAGGCAUUUCUGUUGAUACACCUUUGAUUUCAUUGGUAAUAACUUAUUAUAUUGUAUAGACUGCGAGCAGUCCCCCUUCGCAGACAAUCAAGAAACGAAAUACGCCCACUUUUCGCACCGCCCCUUAGCUCCAAUAUAAUUAUUUUGACGUUGGAAACAAGUAACUAUUUAUAGUGCGUAUCGUACGUAUUGUUUCAAAAGUAAAAAUUCAAAUUUACAUACAUUUGACGGUUCACUUUCAAAUUUGAAAAACAAUACAUUUAAGUUAAUUAACUUUUUAAAAAAAGAUCUAUCAAUCAACUAUAUCAACCGGUCGGAAUUUUGCGUUGUACGGACAACGCGUAUUUCGUUGCUUGAUGUGUUGUCUGCAGUCCCUCCUUUCCUUCUAAGGAGAGACUGCUCACAGUCUAUAAUAUAUUGUACACUGUUUUGUCAGUGACACUAGAGAAAUUUUUGAAAAUUCAUAGAAUGGAAAUUGUAUGAAGCUUUAUUGGAAAUAGAAUGGAUUUUUGAUUAUCCAUAAUAAUUGUAUAUUUCCAUACUAUGUAUAUAGUAUAUUGAAAUACUAUGGAUAUACUAUGGAUUUAGUGGUGCAAUUGCAAAUCUCAUAAUAUGGAUUUCAUAUUGUUUGAAUACUGUAAUGCAGAAAUUUAGUCCAAUUAAUAAUAUUAUUAUACAUUGUACGUGGUAAAAGCAAUUUGAUUGGCUAAGAGCUUACAGUUAAAUCGCGCAGUCACGCAACCUACACAAAAUUCAGUUAUCCGCUAGCAGAUAACUCAGUUAUCUGCUAGCAGAUAACUGGAUUGAGGUUGAAUGAGUGUACAUUUCAAAUGAGUGUACAUUUCAAUUUUCAAAUGAAUGUACAUUUCAUAAUUGUAAUGUUUACUUUAACAAGCAAAUAUUUUAAUACGUUAACAUCUUAACGAUAAUAUGUUUCUUCUAUAUUUGUAAUUAAUUUAACUGUUGGACUUUUUACUUGAACAGCUUUGCCAGAAAUCAUAUUAAAUAUAACGCUUACCGAGACCUUAAUAAUUUUGCAUAUCGCAAAAACCGAAUUCAAUAAAUGUUUUAUUAUACAUUUGAAGAAUAAUAAACAUAGUAUUAAAAUAGUAUGUUUAUUAUUUUUCAAAUGUAUAAUAAAACCAUUAACAAUUAUUGAAUUCGGUUUUUGCGAUAUGCAAAAUUAUCAAGGUCUCGGUAAGCGUUAUCAGCCUCGCCUUCGGCUCGGCUGAUAACGCUUACCUCGACAUUGAUAAUUCCGCAUAUCACAAAAACCUCAUCCAAUUAUAAAUUAAAUUAUUUAGAACCAGUAGAUCUACGUGCGUAAUAUGAUAUACAAUAGAAUGAACUUACCUCGCAAAUUGAUUGGCACUAUAAAUGUCAGUUUAAAUUCACUCAACAAUUUGUUAUUGCUUGCUCACACGUCAAAAAUUUAUAGUUGAAAAAUCGACAGAAAUCAAGGUAUAAAUUGGGAUUUGGGAGUAACUUUAAACAAUUCAGUAUGCGUUGUUGUGUUCAGCUUUAGACACUUCUAAAUAUGUAAAAAUUAAAACAUUUGGCAAAGUGAAAACAUUUUAAUUGAAAAAUAUUAAAAAUCGAUGCAAGAAGGUAUAAACUAUUAAAAGAAAUUAGAAGAAGGAAUAGCAAGACAUAGGGACGAGAUACAGUGGAACUAACUAAAGGAAUAAGCAAGUGGAACAGAGGAUAGAUUAUAAAAUCCUAUUAAUGAGUGUUCGAAAUGAUAGAUCAAAAUGACACUUUGACAAAUGUGACCAUUUUAAUGCAAUGUUUGAAAGAAGCUUUGUACUGUAAGGUAAAUAGGUAAUGAAGGGCAAAAUUGGACGAGUCGUACAUAAAUAUACACAUGAGAAUGUUGGAAAAGCAUUAUUAACUAUUAAGAACAACUGACCAAGGUCACGUGACUGCCAACUCUCAUGCACUAUCAUCUUCGUUCGAUCCGGGCUUCAUUAAUAAUUCAUAAGCUUAUUGGCAAAUCAUGUCAACCAUAAUAUGUCACGUGAAGAGGCAUUAUACCUGAUAAAAUUCACCUUCAUUAGUAUUCUUUAUAUAAAAGUCCAUCCUAAUCUUUAUAUAAAGAAUACUAAUGAGACGGCAUCUAUUGUAGUCGUGUUUGAAGCUAUUCAAAAUACUUGUAGACAAAGUAGUGUUUUUUUAUCAUAUCUAAAAUGCACGUGCUGCGCACUCGCAUUUUAAAUAUGAUACAACACUCCUACCUGUGUUUUAAAUAUCAAAUACCCUUUCCAAAGGAGAGGUGCAUGAAUUUUCAGGGGAAUGCAAAAAAUGUCAGGGGAGGUGCAAAACGAUCUCUGGGGAGGUGUGCGUACUUCGUCUCAAAAUCCGGCCAUGUCCUGAAGUCUUUAAGAAUAGGCAGAAACAUUUUUUGAAAGUCUUUGAAUUAUUUUGGUCUUUGAGACUACGAAUCCAGUCAUUAAUGAGUUAAGCCCAACCAGGAACAGCUGUGAAAAUAAACCUAUAGGUCCCUGGCAGGAAUCGAACCCGCGGCCCUGCGAUUCCAGUGCAGCGCUCUUGAUAUUUACCCAUUAAUGAGUUACCAUUUUUAUAAGUUCAUGUUUUAAAUUAAGUGACUUCGGUCCCAUGCACUGAUCUGCAAACUAUGUCUGGAUAGUGCUUCCGCUAUGCAUAAAUGAAGCCAAUGGCGGCCAUAUUCGUAUAACCACCACAAAUCUACUGUGGUAUUGCUGACAUGUUAGAAAAGGUUCCAACAGUUUCUCCUUAUUGUUGGGUAAGGACACGUAUUGUCUAGAUAGAAAUUGGUCAUCAGUGGCCUCUAUUUUGUCUUAAAAUUGCUGAUGAACACCUAAUGAGGUCACACCAAUAUGGCCACCUCGAGUUUCAUUAUCUAUCGUUAUACAGGAGGUACGGGAAGCUAUAUCUUUCAAGUUACACAGGCAAAGACAUUUCCUUGAGAAUUUUAAUUUAAACAUCUAACAAUUCAUUAGGUGAAUAAUUUGACAGAUUUAAAAAUCUCGUCUCAUAAAUCAUAUAAAUAUUCUGGCUUCAAAAUUGGCGUAUUGAAUUCAAAAGGAUGCUCUAUCCAGUUCAGACCAGUGGUUCCACAGGUGCUGGUGCUAGAACCCCGUCCUGGACCCAGCUUGACCCUACCUCCUCAAUAUUGACAUCAUAUCUCUGAUAUAGGGUCUAAGUCUGAGCGGUGGUGAACAUCCAGAAUUCAAGAAACAAAUGUCAGAUACAAUGAAGAGUAAAUAUCCAAACUGCAGUAAAGUUUAUCAUACUUGUACAGACACAUUUGGUUCG